ACACCCCUUUCCUACGCAGCUGCAAGCGGUCACUCAGACAUUGUUGCAGCCUUGCUGAAUAAUGAUCAAGUUGACGUUGACUCGAAGGAUAAGGCUUUGUACACUCCUUUGUGCUAUGCAUCUGAGAAUGGACAUGCAGGUGUAGUAAAGCAAUUGUUGGAUACUGGCAAAGUCAGUCUAGAAUCCAAAACUUAUAAUGAUUGGCGCAACAAGGGAGGUAUGACACCUCUUUUACUCGCUUCGAGGGGAGGUCACGAUCCAGUAGUUAAGCAGCUGCUUGACACUCGUAAAGUGGAUGUUGAUGGGAGAAAUGCGCUUGAGCAGACGUCACUGUCCCUUGCUGCGCAACAUGGACACCAUGGCGUGGUGGAGAUCUUACUCGCAACGAAUAAAGUUGAGAUCGACUCAAAAGAUAUACUAGGAAGAACGCCAUUCUGCUAUGCUGUUCUCUAUCGGCAUGAAGCCGUGAUUUACCAACUCCUUGACACUGGACAGGUGGAUAUU